AUGGCUAUCAUCACCACCACCCCUGCCACUACCACUGUCAUCGUCACCACUGCAUCAACCACCACCACCACCUCCAUAGUCAUCGCCACCAUUGUCGUUGUCACUGCCACCGCCACCACCACCACCACCACCGCCGCCGCCACUCCCAUCGUUGCCACCCCCACCACUACAACCAACAUCGCUGUCACUCAUAGCCCCACCUACACCACCCCUAGCACCCCCACUGUCACCACCACCGUCGCCGCCAUAGCCAUCGACACCACCAUUACCAACCCCUACCGUCACCACCACCACUUGACAUGGUCAUUUCCACCACUCUCCCCACCACCGUUCAUAACUCUACCAUUCAUAUCAUAA